AUGCAGCCAACCUUGACGGCUCCCGAGCAGCUCUCCGGCGCUGGAACCGGUGGGCUGCUCCAUGUGGACAACACGGAGGCGCCCCGUGAGGUGAGGAGGGGUGUCGGCCCCGCAGAGGAAUCUUUCGACACCUUAACACCAGUGCUUGAGCAUAUCCCCAGCCCCAUUCUCCCGCACGUGCCCGGCGGCAUGACCAUUGUGGUGACCCCGUCCGGCUGCGGGCGUGGAGGGAUUAUGCUUCUCUUUUCGUCGUACGCAUCUCCUUUCCUGCUCAGUGCGGGAGGGUCGUGGGACUCCUCGAGGUACCCGGCCAACGAGGCCAUCUUUGACACGGUUGCCCGCAGCUCGGCCGUGCGUGGAGGAGGCGGAUGA